AUGGAUUCCUCACCAACUGUGCCUUUGGAUGCUCCUUUAUUGGAGGCCCUCAAGCCUCUGCUGCCUCUCUUUUCUCAGUAUCUCUCUUUUCUAUCGGGUGCUACAGCUGCGGGUAUUCGAGCAGCACACUGGGCACUUAGCAAAGCCUCGUAUCCCAUUUUCUCGCCACUUCCAGUAUUCAUUUACGCCUUCGCGCCGCUCACCGUAUUCACACAAGUAACCCUUAAUAUCGUGGUCUUCACACCGGCGCGGGCCAUCCUAUCCCUUCUAGAAUUCAUCUACCCUCUCUAUGUCCUCGUGGGCGUUGCCUGCAUAACGGGACUGCUAGUCGGCGGAGUAGGAAGACUGUUGACGUUGCGGAUACUGGUUUGGGGUGUUGGUUCGCCAGUGGAAAGAAGAAAGGCAGGUUGA